UGCCAGUGUGUAGUCCACUGGUACCUAUAUCGAUAUCUGAUCACUUUGCCUUUAGCCAUGCAUCCCGUUUGGACCGUGCGGUUAUCUGAUUACCUGUGAUGCAUGAAUAGCGGAAUUAUGUGAUCUUUUGUCUCUCAUACCAUCGUCCCUAGUAAAGGUCCCGCCGGAAAUACUGAGGACAGCGUCGUGGCCGGACUCUACAGCAGGAGUCCCACCACCCUCGAAGUUUUGUUUGAGCCGUAUAUAUCCUGGCUCCAUCUUGACUUCCUUCCAGCGCCCAGGAAAACUAUCAAGAAGCAAAAUCACAAAGAUUCAUACCAGAUUCACCGCUGUCCUUACUGUUAAUAUGUGCAUUCAGCCCUAUCGCCGACUUUGAUAUCUUGCCCCACUUGAAGACGAUCUCCCUCGGGCAAGUCACUGAGGCGCAUGACCAUGACCGACAUCUUCGAGCUAUGUAUUCCAUUCCCGGAAAUUGUUGUGUAGCCUAGGGACUAUUUUAGGUGAUUCUUUUGGGCAAGAUUGAUCCAGAUCACCUUGGAGCAUAAAAAUCACUACUUUGGCGCCAUGCAACUCUUCACAAUCCCCCAUCAUUUAUUCAGACACAUCCGUAGUACUAGACUACUCUCAUGGCCUCUGACCCACUAGCCUUUUUUCGCUCUUUGCCAGACUUAGAUGUUGGGCAUAUCAAGGGUAACGUAUCCCUAGAGGAUAAGAAUCUCAAUGCGAAGGUCCUCAAGUAUUUCGUGGCAUCCAAGCCAUGCUUUGGAACAGAUAUCGGACACCGACUGGGAAUAACAGAUAUAAAUUUAUUUCGAGGUCCAGGAAACAGAUUAGAAGCAGAAACUAUCCUGGAGAUAGGUGUGGAAGAAGAUAUGUGCAACGCAUGGAAAUCUUUGCACGGCGCAUGUGCUGCGUAUCUUGCGGAUGUAGGUGCAUUAGGACCUCUUAUAGUUUUGGGAACAGCGACAGGCAGAAACACUGUCGGUAUGGCAGCGACAAUGAACUUAAUAUUCCACGAUGCUCCACAGCUAGGUGCCCAGUUGAAAAUUGUCAACACGUCGAUCACAUUGCAGGGGCUAUUAAUGACCAGUCGAUCAGAGAUUCGGGAUAAAGUCAGUGAAAAGGUCUAUGUAUCGGGAGUUCUUAACUCUGUCCGUGUUCCACCCGCGGAUGCCUUGAAGAGAGCCAAUAAACUGUAGGAUUUAUUGCUUCGGAGUGCAAUUGUGGCAAACCUUCGGUCACUAGUACAUUCUAAUAUAUCUUCGUAUAUCCAUAUGAUCUUUUUUAUGUUGUAAAGCUAACUCCUCCCAAUAUGUUGUAAUGCGGAGGAGGGG